AUGGGAUUAGAGACAUUAAAAGUACCAAUUAAGGGUCUCAGAGAUAAGACCCACCCAAGCUUAAACGGGAAGUCAUCUGCCCAAUCUAUGCAUUCAAAUAGAUCGUCAUGUUCAUCGGUAUCACAAUGUUCCUCCAUGGAACGUAAGUCCAACCUUAAUGACGAAAGUGGGACUCGCUUGGAUACAGAUGAUAUUGAUGAAGAAGAUGAAUCAGGCCAAAAUAUCUUAAUGAAUAUAAUUUCCCAAUUAAAACCUGGCUGUGACUUAUCAAGGAUAACAUUACCCACAUUUAUCCUAGAGAAAAAAUCCAUGCUUGAAAGAAUAACAAACUCCUUACAAUUCCCAGACAUAUUAAUGGACGCACAUAUUGAACCGAAUGAAUUGCAACGGUUCAUAAAAGUGGUUAAGUUUUAUCUGGCUGGUUGGCACAUUGCCCCUAAAGCGGUGAAGAAACCAUUAAAUCCAGUAUUGGGUGAAUAUUUUACGUGUUAUUGGGAUUUACCAAACAAACAACAAGCCUUCUACGUUGCUGAACAGACGAGACACCAUCCACCCGAAUCUUCAUAUUUCUAUAUGAUCCCCGAGUCUCAAAUUAGAAUAGACGGGAUUGUGGUACCUAAAUCAAGGUUCUUGGGUAAUUCAAGUGCUGCUAUGAUGGAAGGUUUAACUGUCUUACAAUUCCUGGACUUGAAUGAGAAAUAUACGUUGACUCAACCAAAUAUGUAUGCAAGAGGUAUCUUGUUUGGUAAGAUGAAAUUUGAAUUGGGGGAUCAUAUGAUUAUUAAGGGCCCAAACUACAAUGCAGAUAUUCUUUUCAAAACUAAAGGAUACAUAUCAGGUACUUACGACUCCAUUGAAGGGACGAUAAAAAAUAAUGCAGGGGAAUCUUUAUAUUCAAUUAGUGGGAAAUGGAAUGAUGUCAUGUACAUUAAGGAUUUGAAAGAUUCCAAAAACGGUGGGAAGAGAGUCCUCUUUGAUACACAUACAAGUAAGACUUUCAAGCCAAAAGUUCGCCCCUUAGAGGAACAAGGUGAGUAUGAAUCAAGAAGGUUGUGGAAUAAAGUUACUAAUGCAUUGGCUGUAAGAAAUCAUGAAGUUGCUACCGCAGAGAAAUCAAAAAUUGAAGAUUACCAGAGAGAAUUAGCGAAGGAAAGGUUAGAUAGUGAUGUACCCUUCCAUCCAAAAUUAUUUAGGAAGGUGGAUGAUCCUAGUAAAGAAUUGAAUUUCUACAUUUAUAAACAUAUUCCAAAAGGUAAUAAUUACGAGGCUCAAAUAAAGUCAAUCUUGGAAAUUGCGCCAAUAUUACCUGGACAAAAAUUCACGCAUAAUUUUGAAACACCUGGUUACAAGAAAUAUCAAAUUGAAGAGGAGGCACUCAAGAGACACUCCAAGGGCUAA